AUGGCAACACCAAUGGCACACUCCAGCGAUGCUGGCUUCAUGAUGUCGGACGGAAUUGCUUCGCGAGGAGGAGCAACUCCCAGGGCGCGGAAUGGUCAUCCCAGUUCCUCUUCAGCUCGCCCACGAGGUCCUCCCUCAGAAAGCCUCGGAGCGGCCAGCGAAGAUGAGGGCGAGGAAGGGUUCGCUGAUGAUCAGGUCCCCGUCCGCUCGAGGCCUCAGAACAUUGCCGACAUUCCCAGGGUUCAGGAUAGGAUUGGUGUCAUGGUCCAGAGAGCCUUUGAGGCCUUCAUUGACGGCUACGUCGAAACACCCACCUCGUCCGGCCAACCAACCUCGAGCGCAGUCACGACAGACAAGUACUACGUCGCCCAGAUCCACGGCAUGAGGACCUACUCGUUAUCCACCUUCUACGUCGACUACAAGCACGUCGCCUCAUGGCAAGACGGCACCCUUGCCGAGGCCAUUACCAACUCGUACUACCGCUUCCUUCCCUUCCUCACAGCCGCCCUCCAUAGCCGAAUCGCCGCUCACGAACCCCAAUACUUUAACGAACAUCGCCAGCCCACGGCAUCCAGCGCCCACUCCACGACAGCCGCCAGCACACGAGGCGCCAACGCGAGCCAGUCCGACUUUGGCAUCAAGAACCCCAACCAACAAACCGACAAGCUCUUUGCCAUUGCCUUCUACAACCUGCCCCUCGUCUCGCGCGUGCGCUCCAUGCGCGCCCGCAACGUCGGCCAGCUUCUUGCCAUUAGCGGCACCGUCACACGCACCUCCGAGGUCCGGCCCGAGUUGGCUCUGGCCACCUUUGUCUGCCAGGCCUGCUACGCCGUCGUUCCCAAUGUCGAGCAGACGUUCCGAUACACCGAACCGACGCAGUGUCCCAACUUGACGUGCCAGAACCGCACAUCAUGGCAGCUGGACAUCAGGCAGAGCACCUUUGUGGAUUGGCAAAAGGUGCGCGUGCAGGAAAACAGUAGCGAGAUUCCCACGGGAAGCAUGCCCAGGACAAUGGAUGUGAUUUUGCGCGGCGAACUGGUGGAUCGCGCCAAGGCUGGCGAGAAGUGUAUCUUUACGGGUGCGCUGAUCGUGGUGCCGGAUGUCAGUCAAUUGGGUCUGCCGGGUGUGAGGAAUGUGUCGGUGCGUGAUGAUCGGGGUGCGGAUGCCGGUGGCAGUGGUGUUUCUGGUCUCAAGGCUCUGGGUGUACGCGAUCUUACCUACCGUUUGGCGUUUCUUGCUUGCAUGGUCACGCCUGAUGUGUCGGCAAUCGGUGCUUCUGGUGAUGCCCUUCUGAUGGACAUUGUUGGUACCCUCAACAGCAGCGCGGCGGCCGAAACAGCUGAGACCAUCAAGGAAGCCCAGGAAGCUCUGCUGAGCUCCUACACGUCUGCCGAGAUGGAAGACCUCCGUGCCAUGGUGCACAGCGACCACAUCUACGCACGCCUCGUCCAGUCUCUGGCACCCACGGUCUACGGCCACGAAGUCGUCAAGAAGGGCAUCCUCUUGCAGCUUUUGUCUGGUGUCUCCAAAACCACCGCCGAAGGCAUGGCACUCCGUGGCGACAUCAACAUCUGCAUCGUCGGCGACCCCUCGACGUCCAAAUCCCAAUUCCUCAAGUACGUCGUCAACUUUGCUCCCCGGGCAGUCUACACCUCCGGCAAGGCCUCUUCCGCCGCUGGUCUUACGGCUGCCGUGGUCAAGGACGAAGAAACCGGUGAAUUCACGAUUGAAGCUGGUGCCCUCAUGCUCGCUGACAACGGCAUCUGCUGCAUCGACGAGUUCGACAAGAUGGAUAUUGCCGAUCAGGUCGCCAUCCACGAAGCCAUGGAACAGCAGACCAUUUCCAUUGCCAAGGCCGGUAUUCAGGCUACGCUUAAUGCCAGAACCUCGAUUCUAGCAGCUGCCAACCCCGUCGGAGGUCGCUACAACCGCAAGACCACCCUGCGCGCCAACAUCAACAUGUCGGCGCCCAUCAUGUCGCGUUUCGAUCUAUUCUUCGUCAUUCUCGACGAGUGCAACGAGCAGGUCGACCGCCACUUGGCCGAACACAUUGUCGGCCUGCACCAAAAUCGGGACCAAGCCAUCGAGCCUGAGUUCUCUACCGAACAACUGCAGCGGUACAUCCGUUUCGCACGCACCUUCCGCCCCGAGUUCACCGACGAAGCCAAGGAAGUCCUCGUGCAGCGCUACAAGGACCUGCGCGCCGACGACGCCCAGGGCGGCAUCGGCAAGAACAGCUACCGAAUCACCGUCAGACAGCUGGAGAGUAUGAUUCGUCUGUCCGAAGCCAUUGCCAAGGCCAACUGCGUCGAGGAAAUCACGCCCGAUUUUGUAAAUGAGGCGUUCCACCUCUUGAGACAGUCGAUCAUUUCCGUCGAACACGACGACGUCGAAGUAGACGACGAGGAAGACGUCCCCGAACCACCUGCUGACUCCCCCGAGGCCUUGCAAGCCGCCGCCGCCGCCGCUUCGCGCGUGCCAGAGGCCGAUAUGGACGGAGACGGCGACGUCGACAUGGGUGGUGAAGCUGCCCGACAGCCGUCUGCGGCACCCUCGCAAGCGCAUCGCGAGAAGCAGACGAUUUCGUACGACAAGUACAUUUCCAUUGUGAACCUGAUCGUCUCCAAGGUGGCCGAAGACGAGACGCAAGGCUCAGGGGAAGGGAUCGAAGGCGAGCAGCUGGUGGAGUGGUACCUGGAGCAGAAGGAGGAGGAGAUGGCAACGGAAGAGGAUUAUCACGAGGAGAGGAGGUUGGUGGGCAAAGUUUUGAAGAGGAUGGUCAAGGACAACAUCCUCAUGGCGAUCCGCGGACAAGGAAUUGUUGGCGAAGAAGGUACCGCGGGAGAAGGUACCUCGGCAAGGGCAGAGGGCAACAUUGUCUAUGUGUUGCAUCCUAAUUGCGCGGUGGAGGAGUUCUAAGUAAUGUCUUGAUUAAGUGGAUG